GCUUAUGUUUUAAAUGUGGACAAAAAGGGCACAUAGCUAAAACAUGUCCAAAUAAUGCCAAUACAAACCCUGAACCUUUAUCAAGCUCAAAUACUAAUGUUGAACAAGUUAGUUCAAUAGAACUGGAAUCUGAAA